AUGUGGUGCACUAAUCUUAGAAAGCGCCCUGAAUGGGCACCAGCCAUCCGUGCCUUCCCCGACAGCGCUGUUCGCCUCAAGGAAGGCAGGCUUGAAUCCCACGAUGUUGCCAUUGCCACCUCCAAACCGGGCCGCAUGCUCCGGCUGCUUCUCAUCUCGCUAGGGGACCUAGGCAUUAAAGCCACUAUUGAGCGUCUAGAUCGCCUUUCUCGCCUCCAGGGAGGCCAAGAUGUAGCUAUAGUCUUCCUCGACGACUCAGCCGGACGGCAGAAGAUGCCGAUGGAGGCAUUCAUGAAAUUGCAAAUCAUGAUCUUCGAUAAAUCAGAGCUCCCUGUCAUCCCUCUUCACUCCGCUUUCGACCUGACUACAACCUUGCAAGCUCUGCAGCCUCCCAACCCCAUGACACAGCUUGCUGCUUCUCCAGCUUCUUUGCUGCAACAUAUGGCCGGCAGUGGCCCUCUCUCAAAGCCAGUUGCAGAUCUCCUGAGUGAACUUGGGCGUUCUCCAUCCGAGGUAGCCGCUCUUGCCAGCACGGAGGAGGGAAGGACAAAGAUUCUAGAUCGGCUGGGUCACAUGGACGGCGAGCGGGUUCUUUUGUUCCUCAAACUAGAGAAACUGGUCAUAACUUGGUGA